GACAUCCACAGAAAGCGUCAGGAGAAGGAUUUAUCUGAGCUUCAGUCUCUGAUCGAGGCUCAUUUCAUCCAGAGGAAGAAAGAUGAAGAGGAGCUGAUCGCUCUGGUCAACAGAAUCGAGAAGCGUCGCACUGAGAGGGCGGAGCAGCAGAGAAUCCGUACGGAGAAGGAGAAAGAGAGACAAGCCCGUCUGGCUGAAGAAAAAGAGAGAAGAGAGCAAGAGGAACAGAGGAAGAAGCUAGAUGAAGAUGCUAAGAAGAAGAAAGUGCUUACUAACAUGACACACCAGUACGGAGGAAUCCAGCAGAAGGGCGAGGGGCGCAAGGGGGCGAAGAAACAGACGGAGAGAGAGAAGAAGAAGAAGAUCCUGGCGGAGAGGAGGAAGCCAAUCAACAUCGAUCACCUGUCUGAAGAUAAACUGAAAGAGAAGGCCAGUGAGCUCUGGCAGUGGAUGAUGCAGCUGGAGGCCGAGAAGUUCGACCUCAGCGAGAAACUGAAGAGACAGAAAUAUGACGUCACUCAGCUACUGGCUAGAGUCAGAGAUCACCAGAGGUAAGUACCCUGAGCCUCACUGGUCACUUUCCCCUGGUUUCAACGAGGUCUG